CACAUACAUUGCUGAACUUCAUAACUGCACAUACAGCGAUAGCACAUACAAUCCAACGAGACAUUAAUGUCUAGCAGAUAAAGACCUUUACAAUACCUUACAGUAUGUACUUUGUACAAAACAUAUCCUAAUGACAUGACAGUGGCGAAUAUUGGGGUGUCAGGGUGUCCCACCCAGAUGUUCCUCCCACUCUGUCAAGCCGCUGCUAACACUGUCUGGCUGCUUAGCUGCCAUGUUGCAGUUCCUCUCUGGACACCUACCCCGUGAGAUCUGCUCCCUCUCUGGUCCGGUUUCAUACAGAGCUGCCCUGCCCUCCCCAGAUAGUCACUCCUGUUGCCAGAUGAAUGGCCUUCUGCCAUUUGGGAUAUCAAAGCCUGAGCAGCACUGGGGGGAAGCUUUCUGACAUCUCUCCCACUGGCAGCUCCUUUCCACGCUAACCUUCCUGUUUGUGUCUAAUCUCUGCGGGGCGUAGGACGAGGCCAAGAAACUCAAGUUCUUGGAUUCCAUCAGCACCCUCAGAAGCCUGCCUGCUUUUAUGAACAAAGCCCUGCUAGUGGAGAAGAUAACGGAGCUGAUUGAUCACGAGUCCGUCGACUCCCUGACCGGCGUGAUGCGUCAGCAAGCAAUGCUCGCCAUCAUGAAGCUGAGCAAAGUGUAGCUACCGCUGCGGGUCCUGACACAACCCAGCCUGCUCGCCACCUGCUUCUCCAGCAUCUUCUCCCUGCCUCCAGCACACACCAUGGAGGAGGUGGAGGCUGCUCUCUACACCAAAACUCUGAAAACCAUGGAUGAGAUGCUGAAGGCCUUGGUGUGCGAGGAUAAGGAGCCCAACCUUGUGGUGCUGCAAAUCAUCUUGAAGGUCCUGCUCCCCUGGACUACAUCCAAGGAGGUGCAUGAGCGGCUGAGGGCAGUGGGAAGGAUCAGGUGGCUUAUGGAACUCAUGGGGUCUCAGCACAAAUUCCAGGAAGUGGAGGAGUUCAGAGUCCUGGGCCAGCUGGUGGGGUGUCUCACCCUGUGCUGUGCGGAGCAGGAGCAGGAGAUCUGCCAAUCGGCUGUGGAGGGACUUCACCACCUCUACUCCUUCAUGCUGCAGCUAAAAUCCAAAAUUUCGGAGAAGCUUGGUGCAGCGUAUUGGCAGCCCCUCAACGACAGUCAAGUUGAGACAGCCUUCUGGGUCACCAACACCAGCAAUAUCACAUUGAUUUUUGGGAAGUACUUCGACCCGUCUGAAGGCAUGGACUUUCUCCUCACUGCUAUCAACGGCAUGAGAGACUCCAGCGUCCAUGACGCAGUGACGGCCAGGAACAUGCUGCAUACGAUCCUGGAGGUUCCCGGCCUCAGCUUGGGAGGGUAA